AUGAAUGUUUUAGUUUGGAAUUGCCAAGGGGCGGCAUCAAGAACAUUUCGCCGUACCCUCAAAUUUUUCUUGCAUGAGUAUAAACCCAGUAUUUUGUGCCUCCUGGAACCAAAAGUUUCGGGAGACCAAGCUAAUGAUAUUUGCUUUGAUCUUGGUUUCGAUCAAUGGCUUAGAGUCGAAGCCCUCGGCUUCUCGGGUGGUAUAUGGGUCCUUUGGAAAGAUGUGCUCCAAGUAGCGACCCAUAGGACCAACCCUCAGUUCAUUUUAUUGAGUAUUAAAGAGGAAAAUUCACAACCUUGGAAUCUCUCCUUUGUAUAUGGCAGCCCGGAUCACGCCCUCAGACAAUACCUAUUUGAGGAAUUAUCUCAAGUAGGCCUUAACUUGCAGGGACCGUGGCUCUCAGUUGGUGACUAUAAUUCUGUCCUUUCUAUUAAUGAGGUUUCUAGUACUAAUCUAUCUUCUACACGAUGUGCAGGGUUUAGGAGAUGGAUUUUUGAGGAGGGAUUAAUUGAUCUAGGCUGUGAGGGACCUCAAUUUACAUGGCGCAGAGGUCUUAGUGCAACCUCUUUUAGGGCAGCCAGGCUGGACCGUGCUCUGAGCAACCUUGAAUGGAGAUUACACUUCCUGGAUGCAAGGGUAUACCAUUUGCCCAUAGUCAACUCUGACCAUGCCCCCAUCCUUAUCAGCACGAUGUUAAGCCAUAAGCAGUCUGGUCCGAAGGAGUUUAAGUACAAUGCAACCUGGGCGUCACACCCGGAGUUCCCCAACUUCAUCAAGAACAAUUGGAACUCGGACCAAUCACUUGAACAAGCCAAAAAGGCCCUAGCAACAAAGCUUCAAAGUUGGAACCGCAACUCUUUUGGGAAUAUAUUCCAAAGGAAAAGAAGAGUCCUAGCAAGAAUCAAAGGAACACAAAGAGCUCUUGAUAGUCACCCAAGGACUGACUUGAUCAAGCUGAAUAACAAACUGCAUAAGGAGCUAGAUGAAAUCCCUAAUCAAGAAGAACUCUAUUGGUUUCAGAGGUCGCGGGAAGACUGGAUAGCAACCGGGGACCGGAACACAGGUUUUUAUCAUGCUGCCACAGCUGUCAGAAAGGCAUAUUCGAAAAUCACCAGGUUAAAGAACUGUCAAGGGGAUUGGCUGGAUUCAGAUGAGGACAUUUUGGAUCAUAUUACUCAAUUCUUCAGAGAGCUAUAUACGGAAGAGGACAGCAAUAUAGUCCACACGACCUGGAGUAAGACAUUCCCAACUUUGCACAAAACCGUAUGGGAUUAUGUAAACGCCCUUGUCACACCCGCAGAAAUCAAGCUGGCAUGCUUCGAUAUGGCCCCCUUCAAAGCCCCCGGCCCCGAUGGGUACCAUGCUGGCUUUUUCCAACAAAACUAG